AGAACCUAUAAUAGAUGGGGAUAUGGUGCCUAGAUGACUACUUUUGGAGGACUAACAUAUUAUUGUUUGAAGGCAAAUGGAGCCAAGAGCAAAUUAACCCUAGGUUUUUUGUAUAUAUACUGGAUAAAUCAUUUCUUCACUUUCGGCAGUUUUAUUGGAGUGACCUUCUCUUUACCUUGGGCUAUGAGACAUCUGCAACAAGCAGAUUAGAAAUCCAAUCUAUAUUAAUAAUUAGCACAAAUUUAAAAUCUAAUAAGAAAUCGUAAAGAUGAAUCAGAUAGUGAAUUAAACAACAUGUUUUAUGCAUUAAGAGUAAUCAACAAUGAAGUAAAUUUAUAUUAAUACAAUAUUCCUAUAGAAAGUUUAAGAUCAGAAGAGAACUUAAUUAGUGGAAAAUGAUUUUUUCGAUAAACAUCCAGAAUAUGUACCAUAGGUAAUGUAAGAAAAUCUUCGACUUCCUUAUUUGGAUUAUUUCUUGGUGCGAUUUGCUUAUUUUACAUUUACAAGAUGGAUUACAAGAGUCGGACAAUUUGCAGGAUUUAUACAAUGAUAAUUUUAUUGUAUAUAACAUUAAUACUCACAAUAAAUGCUAAAAAGAAGUUCGAUCCUGUCUCUGUGAGACCUAGAACUUUCGAUAAACAUAUCUAUU